GUAUCAUCUGAGUUACAGCAUUGGCAUGUUUCCCUUCCAUCAAACGAGUUGAUACAAAACAAACACACACUGUUACAUGUUAGCGCUACACAGAAAGUAAUCUAACUGGCUGAAUACUGAAGUAUCCCCUUCAAGCAUAUCAAAUGUACUCAGCUGCCCGCCGCUAACAAACGUUGUAGUGCUAUUCUAGUACCGGUGUAACCUGCCAGGCGGCAUGAUUAAAGCGUUCUCAGGUUACCCCUUAGCAACCAGGUAUGACCCCGUACGCUACAGCACACCUGUAGGACCUGUCAGGCGUCCCCGUCUCCAGGGAGACAGGCCACGCCCCCACUGUCCCCAGUCCAAACACCUAUAAACAGUUGGGGGUUCUCAAGUACCCAGUCAACAUGGCGGCCCGCAUGGCAUGCACCGAGAGUCCCUCUCUCGAGACCGGCUUUAGGGCUCUUUAGGAAAGGCUUUGAACAUCCUCGUGAAGGAUUAGAUCGUCACAAGAUCUGCAGGGAGUGAUAUAUAAUUGAACUGAUCUGUGAGCAACGUUGCUGACCAACACAGUUUGUUCCAGAACGGUCUGAUUUUGACCUCACAGGAAUCACCAUGACAUCAAUCGCAUCCUCAUCAGCCCCUGCCCAGGACGCACCGCCCCCUCCCUGGAGGACAGCGGGAUCCACCUUCUUCUGGCAGCAGACCAGCCGCAAGUCCGCCAAACGGUUCCGCAAAUCCCCCGACGAGCUGCCGCAGUCUCUCCGGUUUGCCAACUUCAACCCACGUCUAGCCGCUUUCUUGACCAAGCAGGACAAGCAGAAGAAAGCCGAGGCGGACACAGAAGCCGGAACACACGAGGAGACCACUGAAGAGGGUGCCAAGAAGAAGGAAAGUUUACUCCCAGCAAUUAACCAAACUUUGUCUCUAAUUCAAGAAUCUCUAGACCGAGCUACUUCAAACUUAGCACAGUUAGAACAGCAAGAGCAGGAGAAUAAACUAGCCUGGGAUGAUCCACAGAAGAUACAGUUUGAAGAGACAAAGUACGCAGCACCUACGCUACUUGUAGAGUUGGCGAAAGUUUUGUAUCUGUUUGAACACGAAGAGUCGGUGAACCUUCACACAGAUAUUGUGUGGCAACUUUGCUGGGGGUUCAAGGAGUUGUGUUCGGAGGUGGUGUUCACCAAACGCGAGUGGCAGUCCAACGCGUACAGAGGAACCUCUGCAACGAAGAAACACUCGGAGGGUACGAUAGACCCAACACAGAUGGACGAAUCGAAAUCGUCCACCAGUCGGAUGGACGCCGACCGCGAAACGUCAAAAGAUGAGGAGAGUUCGGAAAGAAGAAGACGAAGAAGAGGUACAAGGAGCGAUGUAAUAUCGGAGGAAAGCGUAGACUCACCGAGAGAUGAUGACCAAGAUGAGUCAAGGUCGAAAGUUGGAUUUGCCCAGAUCAAAGAAGGUCGAGUGCUGUCUGGUGGUGGGAGGUCCAGAACUCGAGCAGAGAGAUUCAAGUUGCCAGCUGGUGCAGAUCGGAAAGUUUCGCUGAUGUCAUCCCGCGCCAGCGGAAUGUUCUACGACAACAGAUCUCAGGCCUCCGAUGUGUCCACAGCUCUUCCAUACAGUUCAGCCCACACACCAGCUGGCUACAUGUCUGUUCUCAACUUCUCUCUGGCCAACAAGGCCUGUGAAGAAAAGGGCUGGAUUGUCCACCCAAAUGAGCGGGAUGACCCAGAGAGACAGACCAUGUUGGAGUGGGCGAGACAGAGACUGCUCUUCUCCAUCAAAAUAUCCACUGAACAACAUGAAAAGGCACUUGCGUUGGGUCACGACAAGCCACUCAUCAUCCGUUACUACGGCGACACCAAACGAGAGGCCAUGCUGAAGUACAAGAAGCAGCCGCCGCCCAGUCAGAAACCGGGGGCACGGGUCAUGUCCCCCCCUAAGAUCCCCAGAAUGGACAGUCCCGUGGAACAGGGCAGGCUGAAGCUCAUGAGACAACUGCCGGACGGGUCCUGCUCUGUCUUCUACCCUUCAGGUCGAGUGGCCAUCUCCAUCAGCCCUCCCACCAAACCCGGCCAGCUGGGUCUCUACACUAACGUGUACGCAGACAACCUCCAGGGGACCAUGCUGGCGUCCUUCACGCCCUCCGGACACGGCUGCUGCUACCAUCCCAACGGUGUCCCGCGCUACGUCAUGAGUCCCGAGGGAGGCAUGCUCAUGGAACCUGACGGUACCAUCUCCAAACAGUGGUCCUGGCCGAAAGUGGGGAAACUGCCGGUGACGGUCAAUGUCCAGGUUACUGAGUUGCUCCUACUCCGGUGUACCAACCUGUCCUCAGUCGUCCUACACUUCGCCUGCCAGAAAGAGACGGCAAAGUUUAACGUUGGGCUUCACACCGGGGCUGUGCAGCCAAAGCUGGAAGAAAUGGGUUAUCUGAAAACAGAAGGGCCGUUCAUUUCCCAAGCUGCCAAAGAGUCAGUCAAACCCAGCAAGAAGAAGGACAAGGACAGAUUGAGAAGAGGCUUUAUCAAACCAAAGGAGAAGAGAGUUUCCCAGCAGAUCGCUGAGCUGACCAAGAUUCUGGAGUUACCCGGAGACAAGGACGAGUUUUUCUCCCAGGCAGAGAAGGACCUGGUCAGACUUCAGCGGAAAGUCAAGAACCUGAUUGAUGACUGGAUGGAGCACUAUCGUAUCGCCAUGCACAUCAAGUCCCCUCACCUAGCCACGCUGUCCCACCGUCCCGGCAAGCAGUCCGCCCGACGCACCAUCCAGUCCGCCCGGCCCGCCGUCAAGACUCCCAUCAUCUCGCUCUUCCACCAGAUACCCAGGGAGGAGGAUGGGGCGGAGGGGGAGGGAGGGGAGAAGGUGGAGGAGAGAAACCCUCCGACAAAGCACCAGUCGUUCCGCUCGCCAUCCGCGCCACCGCGACACAUGAUACAGGAGAGACCGCUGACGGCGGCCUCCUCGCGGCCGUUCAGCUCGGCAGAUGGAUUGUCGAGAAAGGGGGAAACAGACUCCAAAGUGCGCAUGGAUCUAGGAAGUGCAAAAGAGGGAGAGCCCAAGUCGCAGGCUGGGUCUGCUAAGACAAGGCAACAGUCCACUUCUAGUGCAGGGUCUCCAAUGCGAGCUCCCUCGAGCCUGUUCCCCAAGAGUGCCAGCCAUGCCAACCUGUCCACCCCUGAGCGUGUGCGUACUCCGCUACGGGAGGGCUGUCCUGUCUCGCUACGUGCAGAGAUCCUAGGAGAGGGCAUCCUCGCCUGCAAGUGUAGCAAGCACAAAGUUCCCCUGGUCAUGGACCUGGAGUUCGACCGUCUUCUCAAGGAGUUUCUCCCCAAGAAUCAGUUAAUCAUCAUCGCGGUCACCUCGACGUACUACACAAACGCUAACCCAUGCGACGCCAUGUUGGAACGGAUGUACAUCGACCGGAACAAGAACCGGACGAUGCCCUGCGUGCAGAGUCGCUCCGAUCCCUUCAGAAUAUUCAAGUACGACAUGGCGGUCGCGGCGGAACUAACGGACUACGACCAGCCGCUACUGCUGCGUAGACAUAACGCGGUGGCGGGCAUGUUCUUGAUGUACUACAGCGGUAAGCUACUGUUCUGCGACCACAUCUUCAACGGUUACGGUAACGCGAAGAAGGACCUCGUCAAGCAGAUACUGAAGACCAAACAUGACGCUAAACUUGGAAAUUUCCUACCGGCAGACUUCCGAUUUUGCCCCAGCCGAGGGAAGCCAGGUCCGCGUGCCGCGUGGGGAGGUGAGAUCGGGGGGACGGGGAUCGGGAAGAGCGGGAAGCCGGGACUGCCACGAGACGCCAGGUCGGAGAGAACGCCGUCACUCUCCAGCGUAGACUCGCGGGAAUUCUUCGUGGACACAAAUCGCUGGAGUCAAGGCACAGCACGAGAUGUGGUCACCCUCAGCCUGUCUAAAGACUACUACUUCUUACGGGAGGAGCAACUCCGCACAGCCAACCCCAGUACAGCUAAACUCCACCCGGUACAGUCUGUGGGAGCUGGGCUGUAGAUCAAGUGUGAUAUACUCAAGAAAUUGUUACUCAAGCAACUGGAUAGGUUUGAAAACUGUCAGUUGUUUCAAGUAGCAUCCACU